UGUGUGUAUUUAUAUUCUCGCCAAGCAGACAAAAUUACAAGCUCACUAGCCUCUCAUAUACAAGAAAAAAUAUAUAUAUACAAAUUUCUCUUUGUGGGUUCUAAAGUAUGGCAAAGGACGCUGGAGUGGCGGAGCAUGGAUCGUUCGCGGCAAAGGACUACCAAGAUCCACCACCAGCUCCGCUGAUUGACGCGGAGGAGCUUACAAAGUGGUCAUUUUACAGAGCUGUUAUAGCCGAGUUUAUAGCCACCUUGCUCUUCCUUUACAUUACGGUUUUGACUGUGAUUGGGUACAAGAGCCAGAUUGAUACCACGGUUGGCCACGGCGGUGAUCAGUGCGGUGGCGUUGGAAUUCUUGGUAUUGCAUGGGCCUUUGGUGGAAUGAUCUUCGUUCUUGUCUACUGCACCGCUGGAAUUUCCGGGGGACACAUUAAUCCAGCAGUGACAUUCGGGCUUUUCUUGGCCCGAAAGGUGUCAAUGAUCAGAGCCAUUAUGUAUAUGGUGGCUCAGUGUUUGGGGGCCAUUUGUGGCGUCGCGCUGGUGAAGGCGUUACAGAAGUCACACUACAAGAAAUAUGGCGGCGGCGCAAAUGAGCUCGCCGAUGGCUACAGCACCGGCGUCGGAUUAUCCGCGGAGAUAAUCGGAACAUUCGUCCUUGUUUACACAGUUUUCUCUGCCACUGAUCCCAAGAGAAGUGCCAGGGAUUCCCAUGUCCCUGUAUUGGCACCUCUUCCAAUUGGAUUUGCAGUUUUCAUGGUUCAUUUGGCCACCAUCCCCAUCACUGGUACUGGUAUCAACCCUGCUAGGAGUUUAGGGGCUGCAGUGAUCUACAACCAGGAAAAAGCUUGGGAUGAUCAGUGGAUCUUCUGGGUUGGACCCUUCUUUGGUGCAGCCAUUGCAGCCUUCUACCACCAGUUUAUUUUGAGAGCAGGAGCAGCUAAAGCCCUUGGUUCAUUCAGAAGCAGCUCCCAUGUUUAAUUAUUGUUGAAAAUCACUUUUUUUUUAUCAUUGCUUUUCGGCAAAUGAUUGAAUGAAUAACCGUGUAUUGCAAUUAGGGUUCGUGUUUAAGAUUUCUCAAGCUUUCACCAUCAAUUAUUCUAAAAAAUGAUGGAAGAAUUCUUGUCAGCUAUGAAAUUAUUUUUAAAGUGCAACUUUUCCUGAA